UGUGAAUGGAUUGCAUUACUUGAAUCUGUUCUUCUGCAGGGAGAUGUUGAACCCGAGGUCGCCGCACAAGGAGUGCCAAAGAAGAGAACAUUCAAGAGGUUCAGUUUCAGAGGUGUCGAUCUCGACGCUUUCUUGGAUAUGUCCACUGAUGAACUCGUCAAGCUCUUCUCUGCCCGUGCUCGCAGAAGGUUUCAACGUGGUUUGACCCGCAAGCCUAUGACACUCAUCAAGAAGCUCCGCAAGGCGGGUUUGAGUUUGACCCGAACAUUGGCUGUCAGGGUGAACAUAGUUUACACUGCCAUGAGGGUUCUCACACCCAAAGCAAACACUACCCUGUAGCUGCCACUCUGAUGAUCAGGUAUGAGAUGGCGUACUUCUAAAAAUUCUAUCGCCAAAUUACCACCUGGACCAUGGAGACUGCCCAUGAUAGGGAACAUACAUCAGAUUAUUAGCAGCCCAUCGACUCAUCAUUCCUUCUAACUUGGAAAGUCAUUUUACAAAGUAAGUCAUUUUACCUUUCAAACUUGAUCACAAUCCUCCUCCGGCAACUUUGAAAGCAAAGUGCUCUGUUUGCUCUCGGUGUCUCAGAUAUUGUGUUAAUAAACAUGUGAGUUUCUCCCCUCUUCUUCAUUGAGAUAUCUUUUGUACCAACUAAUUUCAAAACGUUGAAUUUUGUUUAGUAGCUUGUACUUUUUUUUUAGAUGUUUUUGCAGUUGAUUUUUUUUUUCUGCAACUAAUUUUCUCUUUCUGCAAUGCUUGUAAAGGUGGUUCCAUGACAUUGGCCGUGAGCAAGCUGCAAAUAAGCCUCUUUUGAAAACCGUCUUUCAGGUUAUGAUGAGAUUGCUAAGUCCGAGCAAAACAACAAUGGUGUUUGUCAUACGUGAUUAAACAAGGACGCCACUUGAAAAUUUAGAACCAGUUUUGCGAGAAGAUACUCAGAAGUUCUGGUUUAGGUGGUGAUAGCAACAUUAAGUCUGCCCUGAGUCCAAUACAAGCUGUUGCCAUGGCAAAUAAUACAUUACUUUUGAAAGAGCACAAAGAGAUUCUGAAAACAUAAAUUGGAUUUUGGAUGACACAUUAGAGGGAGAGGUAGCAUCUGUGGAUAUAUCUACUAAAGAUAAUCUGAAUAAUCUGGUGAAAGCUGGUUUGCUAGUUUACUGUCGGAGAUAAGAAAAGCGAAAAAGUCUAAGCAUCAAAAUGGCAAGUGAAUGGAUGAUCACUAGAUUGAAUAUGUCAAUCCAUUGCUGAAGCUGUAUCUUUUAUUUCUUUGCUUAAUUAAUCAUUUCUGUAAGAUUGUGAUGCAAGUUUGUAACAUUUUAAACUUUAAUUAUGAAUAAAUAAUU